UGUUCAUUCAGGAGCAAGCAGGCAGCAACAAGCAGCUGCUCAUCAACACGAUGAACACACAACAGAAUGUACCGAUCCUAAGAGAAGGAUUCCUGGUAAAAAGGGGUCAUGUGGUGCCCAACUGGAAGGCUCGCUGGUUCGUGCUGACGCCGGACAAGCUCACGUACUUCAAAUACCGGAGCGGCAAGAGGGACUCGUGUCAGCGAGGGAAGAUCGCCUUGAAAGGUUGUUCCAUCACGUGUCCCUUCCUGGACUACGACACUCGACCCUUGGUGUUCAAGCUGGAGAGCAGGAACGGCGUGGACCACUUCCUGGAGGCUUGUUCGCGGGAGGAGCGUGACGAGUGGGCGGCGGACAUCACGGCGGCCGUGGACAAACUGGCCGUGGAAGAAGACGGAGGCUCGCCGCGCGGACAAUGGACGCCCGGAGUGUCCGAGCUGCACGACAUCAACCUGAGCAAAGUGUUGGACGCCAUGUACGACCUUCACCACGGGAUCAACAUGAGCAACCACGUGGAGCAGGGAUGCACCUACACUAACUGUUUCUCAGGUUCCGCGGUGGUGGACUGGUUGGUGUUCAUGCAGAAGGUGGUGACCCGCACUGAAGGGGUGACCUUGGCCACAGCCCUGAUGGAGGAAGGCUUCCUGAGGACCGUCGGCAUGAGGAGCGUGGAGGCCCUACGCACCGCCGGCCUCAGCGAGCAGUUCAUGGACGACUCCACGGCGCUCUACAGCUUCUCAGACAAUCUGAAGAAGAAAGGCUGCGUGAGGGCACAGACGUCUCUGUCUGCUGUGGAGCUGAGUGGUGAAGUCAUCAGGAGAGGUUACCUGCUCAAGCAGGGACACAGGAGGAAAAACUGGAAGAUCCGACUGUUUGUGUUGCACUCAGAACCGUCUUUCCUUCACUACUACGACCCCACUAAGGGUGACAUCAGCCCCGUGGGAGGAUUCGCCCUCCGAGGCUCACUGGUGUCCUCGCUGGAUGAUAACGGCGUUCCCUCAGGAGUAAAAGGCAAGGUGGAAGGCAACUUGUUCAAGAUCAUCACACAGUCGGACAAACAUUAUUUCAUGCAAGCUCCCAGUCAUCAAGACAAGAUGGAUUGGAUCGACGCCAUCCGCGAGUUCACCUAGUAACUUUCUCACCCUGUUUGCUACAACUUGCUAACAGUAUACCAUCGCUACACACUUUGUUUGCUACAACAGUAGGCCAUCACUACAGACUUUGUUUGCUACAACAAUCAGAGGUGGGUAGUAACGCGCUACAUUUACUCCGUUACAUCUACUUGAGUAACUUUUGGGAUACAUUGUACUUCUAAGAGUAGUUUUAAUGCAACAUACUUUUACUUUUACUUGAGUAUAUUUAUAGAGAAGAAACUCCAUUUAUCUACACUCAGCUCGCUACUCGCUACUGAUUUUUAUCGAUCUGUUAAUGCACGCUUUGUUUGUUUUGGUCUGUCAGACAGACCUUCAAAGUAGGAUCUAUCGCAUGCCUGCGUUUCACCAAUCAAAUGCAGUCACUGGUGACGUCUGACUCCGUUUCACCAAUCAAAUGCAGUCACUGGUGACGUCUGACUCCGUUUCACCAAUCAAAUGCAGUCACCGGUGACGUCUGACUCAGUUUCACCAAUAAAAUGCA